UCGGUGUUUAUUACAAAAUGAAAUUGAAUAUUGAUGGUCUCAACAUUUUAUUCCCCUAUGAAUAUGUUUAUCCGGAACAAGUCCUUUAUAUGGAACAAUUGAAAAAAGCUUUGGAUGCACCUGGUCAUUGUCUUUUAGAAAUGCCUUCUGGAACAGGAAAAACCGUUUCUUUAUUGGCUUUAGUUGUUGCUUAUAUGUGUAGAUAUCCAGAUCGUUUACAUAAAUUGAUUUAUUGUUCUCGUACAAUCCCUGAAAUUGAAAAAUGUGUGGAAGAAUUAAAAAGGCUGUUUCUUUAUUACAAAAAAGUUACAGGCGCUCAACCAAAUUUUCUUGCUUUAACGCUUUCUGCCCGCAAAAAUCUCUGUAUAAAUAAGGAUGUUGUUAGUCUAAGAAAUGGAACGGCUGUUGAUGGUGCUUGUCAACGAUUAACUGCUAGUUAUGUUAGAGCAAAGCGUGUUUUAAAUCCUGAUUUGCCUUGCUGUUCUUUUUUUGAAAAAUUUGAUGAAAAAAGGGAUUUAACAUUGCCAAAUGGAGUCUUCAAUUUGCCUGAUCUAAGAGAAUGGGGACGUCAAAAUGGUAUUUGUCCUUAUUUUACUUGCCUUCAUUUAAUUGAGAGAGCCAACAUUAUUGUUUAUUCUUAUUAUUAUUUACUCGAUCCAAAAAUUGCUGAUUUGGUUUCUCGCAAAUUAAAUCCAAAAUCGUGUGUUGUUUUUGAUGAAGCUCAUAAUAUAGAUAAUGUUUGUAUUGAAUCAAUGAGUACUAAAAAAAUGAUGGAAAAAUGUUCAAAAAAUAUAGAUAAAUUAGAAGAGCAUAUUCACACAUUAAAAAAAGAAAAUGAAGAAAGGAUACAGGAUGAAUAUGAAAAAUUAGUUGAGGGACUUCGUAAAGUUCAAAAAGAAAGAGAAGAGGAUGAAAGAGUUUGGGCAAAUCCUGUACUUCCAAAUGAAAUACUUGAUGAAGCAAUUCCUGGAACAGUUAGAACUGCUGAACAUUUUAUAAUGUUUAUGCGUCGUAUAUUAGAAUAUAUUAAACAUCGAAUGAGAGUAAAAACAGUUCAAAUUGAAAGUCCAGCAGCUUUUCUUCGUGAUAUAAAAUCGAGAGUUUUUGUUGAUAGGAAACCAAUGAGGUUUUGUGCUGAACGUCUAGCUUCAUUAUCAAAAACUUUAGAAAUUGCAGAUAUUUCUGAUUUUAGCCCUCUUGUUAAAUUGGCAACAUUUUCAACAAUUGUUAGUACUUAUUCAAUUGGAUUUUCAUUAGUUUUUGAACCAAAAGAAAGCAAAACAAAUGAUUCAGCAAUACAUUUAAAUUGUAUGGAUGCUUCUAUAGCCAUUAGACCUGUACUUGAACGGUUUCAAACAGUUGUUAUUACUUCAGGGACUCUUUCUCCGAUGGAAAUGUAUCCAAAAAUUCUCGAUUUUGAUCCUAUUAUUAAAGCAAGUCUUUCUAUGACUCUUGCUAGACAAUGUAUUUCUCCUAUGAUUGUUUCUAAAGGAAAUGACCAAGUUGAAAUUACUUCACGUUUUGAAACUAGAGAAGAUUUGUCGGUUGUUAGAAAUUAUGGAAAUUUAAUAUUAGAAUUAGCAGCAAUUGUUCCAGAUGGAAUUGUUGUAUUUUUUACAAGUUAUGUUUAUAUGGAAAAUGUAGUAUCUGCUUGGUAUGAACAAAGAAUGAUUGAUGAAUUAAUUAAAUUAAAAUUACUUUUUAUUGAAACUACUGAUGCUCUUGAAACUUCUAUAGCUUUAGAAAAAUAUGUAGAAGCUUGUGAAUGUGGACGUGGAGCAAUUUUGUUUUCUGUAGCAAGAGGAAAAGUAUCGGAAGGAAUUGAUUUUUCACAUCAUUUAGGAAGAGCUGUUGUAAUGCUUGGAAUUCCUUAUAUGUACACAGAAAGUAGAAUAUUGAGAGCAAGAUUAGAAUAUUUACGUGAUCAAUUUGGAAUAAAAGAAAAUGAUUUUUUAACAUUUGAUGCAAUGCGACAUGCUGCCCAAUGUGUUGGAAGAGCAAUUCGAGGAAAAACAGAUUAUGGUUUACUUGUUUUUGCUGAUAAACGUUAUUGCCGAGCUGAUAAACGUUUAAAAUUACCAAAAUGGAUACAAGAACAUAUAACAGAUGCUCAAACAAAUCUCAGUAUUGAAGAAGCAAUUAUGGCUGCAAAAAGAUGGUUUCCAUUAAUGGCGCAACCAUUUACAAAAGAACAUCAAUUGGGAAUUUCUCUUUUAUCUACAAAAAAUAUUGAAAAUAAACAAGAUGAUAUAUUAAAUAAAUUUAGAGAAAAGGUUGUUACUGAAUUUGAUUAA